CGUAUAUUGACUGUAUAUGAAGCAGCAGAUCUUAUCCCUAAACGCGGCCUCUUUACUCCCGACCACCUUUCUGCUUCCUUUCCUUCUGUUUUCUUCCAUUCGACACAACACUAGCUUCUCUGGUGGCGACGUCUCGGGCUCUGGAGCGAAGAUGUUGUUCGUUAACCCACCCACUUUCCUGCUCCUUUCCGCGCUCACAUCGACGGGACUGGCCCACAGUCAUCUAGAGAAGCUCUGGGCCAACAAUGUUGAGUACGAAGCUUGGGACCCAAACGCCGGUUCUAUAGGGGCCAAAUAUCCAAGCGACACGCCAUCUUGGUACACAACGAAUGUUGGAGGCAACCCUUUGAAGCCUAACAUGGCCAAAACGAACGAUAUCAUCUGCGCCAAAGGGGCCAGUCCAGCGAACAUGAGUGCACCAAUCGAUGCUGGCAGUGAACUGACCGUCAAGUGGUGGAUGAGUGGAUACCCAUUCCCGGAUGGACAUUGGGGACCUAUCAUCGACUACAUCGCUCCAUGCAAUGGGCCUUGUUCAAGCGUCAAUCCAGCGGAUCUCCAGUUUGUCAAGAUUGCUGAACGUGGCUUUAUCAGAACCACCAGCUCUGCGGAGGGAUAUUGGGCAACCAACGAAAUGGUGGCCAAUAACGGUACCUGGGCCAUCAGGAUCCCCUCAGGCCUCAAAGCUGGCGAGUACGUGAUUCGACAUGAACUCAUUGCCUUGCACAUCGCCUACGAGGCCAUUGGGAAAGGUCCAUACUACACGGACGGCGCGGAGUUCUACCCUCAAUGUAUCAGCAUCAAGAUUGACGGAACGGGGACGAAGGCUAUCACGGGCGGUGUUGCUGCAAAAUCGCUCUAUCGGGGUGAUGAGCCUGGCCUCGCCCUCAACAUUCAUGUGAUGCCGAACAACAAUACCAACUACACCAUUCCUGGUCCCGCUCUUUGGUCAGGGGCUGAAUUGGCGGAGUUUUAAAGUGUCGUAAGGAGCGGGCAUCACGUAAUGCGAGACCCAGUAGAUGCGAGUUGUUAAGAAAGUAGCCGUAAUUCGAAAGGGUUCUUCAUAUCCGACCGUGUCAAGGGAGGUUUUACUUGUAUACUCUGUCGUGAAAUAUUCAUUUUUGUGUCUGCACUGGCAAGUUCCCUUAAGGCACUGGUCCUCUGCGUUGUCCCGGCAGUUGUGUGGAACAAGAGUCCAUCCCAAAGCUCCGGUACCAGGUUCUGCUAUGCAGCGCGGCGUUGGAUAAACCCUUCGUUUUCGUUACUUUAUAGCGUGACAGUGACCAAGGAUAUGAACGUAUGCAGCCGAUACUCGGGAAACAGCCGGUUUAAAGCCAUCCACGAAUACAUGGCCUUUCA